AUGGAUGUUUUGAAACAUCUAACAACAUUACUAAAUUCGAACAAUCCGGAGGAUCGCAGAAACGCAGAUCAUGAGCUUGUUCGGUGGCAGAAAUCUCCACAAGCAUGGACCGAAGCACAUACAAUUUUAACUUCUCAAUAUCCGCCCGAGGUUCAUUUAAUUGCCUCUCAGACUUUGCGCGCUAAGAUUUUCUAUGAUUUUUACCAAAUACCACAAUCAUCCGGGCCUAUCCUAUGUCUAUCACUACUUUCAAUGCUAAUAGAUCUAGAAUCGUUGGGAAACAAGCCUGCGAGUUCAACAAUAUGCCAAUCUUUGUCUGCUUUAGCGUUACAGGGUGCCAAUUGGUGGCCCAAUCCGGCACGGACAUACAUAUCUUCUCCUAAUGUGGAACAAACCAAGAACAUUUCGGUGGAAUGCAUUCUCUCUUUAUUGACUUCGUUGGCAGAUAGACAGGUCACUAAGAAUGUAGUAACUUCAAACACUUCUAGAUCUAAGUUGAGGCAGAACUUGGAAGCAGAGUAUGAACAUGUCGAGAAUUAUUUGUUGCAUAUAAGACAAACCUACCCUAACCUUAGGCCCAAGGUGAUAAUUUGUUGGAAAAUUUGGAGAUCUUAUCAUAAUGAUACUAAUUCGGCAAACAAUGUGACUUUGAAUCCUAUUUUGGAUGAUUGCUUAACAUUAAUUACGCAGGAUUCGGAACAGGAAAUAUUGGAUGCAUCAGUCGAUUCCAUAAUUAAGACCUUGAGAGACAAUUAUAAAUGUAAAAUAAAAUCGCAGAGAUCUUCUAAAUACGACAAUGAUGAUCUGGAUUACAGUAGCGAUGAAGAUGUGGUGGAUAGUAACAUCACUGAAGUCAAAAUCAAAGAAGCUCAGGAUUUGCACUCCAAAAUCUUAAAUAUGCUCCCAGUAAUACAAAGUGUGAUGGAUAAUAAUCUGAAAAAUGGUGACAUUGAGCUGAUGGAUUCACGUGCACACCUAAUAUUAUUCCUCCUACACCUUGACCCUAGGCCAAUUAAUCUAGUCUCUUCCUCCAUUGCAUUAAUGCGGGGCCCUAUUUCAGAUAAUUUAUGGGAUAUUGCAAAUUUUAAAGACUUCUAUGGCUAUAUACCCUCCUCAGUUGGCAUUUCAACUGUGGGACCGAUACUAAGGUUGAUUGAUAAUGAUGGAUUCCCCAAGGAACUUGUCCCAGAUUUAUGCAAGAUAAUUGCUAGAUGUAAAUCAGCGGUAUUUGAAGAAGCUAUUGACGAUUUCGAGUUUGCUGAAUAUCAAGAUUCUCUUGGGGAUAUAAUUAACAUGUGUUGCAGUGUCUUUUCUAGCGAUUACACUGCUUCGUGCCUAGCACAAUCAUUUAGCGAAUAUCCCAUAGGUACCAUGUUGUCCAUGGCAAUAGUAGUAAAUGCCACAUCGCCAAAGCCCUGUCAACAUGCAUUGGGGCUCAUAAACAAUUUGCCCCAGUUCCCAUCAUCACCUCCUACUAAUUACAAGGAGGGAUUAGCUCGUAGCGCGGCACUAAUUCUGCUAUCCUCGUGCAUCUGCAGCGAAUCAUCGCCCGAUACUUAUCAAAUGUGCAAGAAGGCUGUGUUAGAUGAGUUUAAGAUUGCAUUUGCUGGGCUGAAAGAUGAGAGAUCAAAUCCCAUUUGCCAAAAGGUAGUGACACAUGCCAUAGGGAUUCUUAAUGGGUUGGCUUGGAAGUAUAGACCCAAGUUUUUCGUUCAAAAUGAAGCGGAAAUUCUGAACGAUUCGAUUACUAUGUUGUCAAGGGCAAUACCAUAUCUAGAUGAAUCUAAUGAGUGCAUAUUACUUGAAUCUAUGGCCCUUUUUAUAAAGCACGGUUGCAUGUUAAAUGAUUGUACCUACUCACUGGUCCCUGUAGAUACAUUUCACAACACACUGAACAUUGUGCUGUACCCUUCGUGUAUUUCCAGGAUGACAUUAAAGAACUUUUCAAAGUCAUUCUUCCAGCGAGGCUCCGAUAAUGGCUGUGCUUUCUUCAGAUUAUUGCAGUCCAUAUCAAUUAAACCAGAGUACAACAAAUCGUUGGUAGAUUACAUCGCUACGAUGAUUAUACCACUAGUGUUUGACGCGUGGAAGCAUAUACAUGGGGAUAUCUCAACUUGUGAAUCGGCUGGAAGGCUGCUUAAACACGCGAUUAGGGCAUGUGGGAAAUAUUUUGCACCGUUCUUGGGUGAAUUCUGCCAGGCAUUGAUGAUGAUUCUGAUAGACCCGAAUUUUGCUCUACAGAGCACCCAUCUAUAUACGUUAGAUUGGCUGGAACGACUGUCACACAAGUACGUUGAGUGGGAUUCGUCCUUAGUUAAAACUCUAAUUGAAAACAUCGCGAAUAAAGCAAUAUAUCUGUUAAUAGCUGCGGAUGAAAAGAGUGAAUAUACCACAUAUCUAUCCGAAGACCUAUUUGGACUCUUAACUACCUUCUUCUACCAUGAGCCACACGAUGGUAGCAUCGAGGCCAAGACAAUAGAAAUUGCUUGUAAUCGUCUGGCCCACUGCUCCCCCUACCAAGAAUCUAGGUGUUUGGCAAAGUUUCUACAAACACAUGUUAAAACGCCAGUUCACCAAAAUGCGGCAAUUGAUGCAGCCUUUGCCGCUAUGGCAAGAGGAUCUUGCUACGGUGCCACUUCCAGUAUUGCUGAGCUAAUAUACUACAUGAUCAAACAGAAUGAUAAUUGCAAGAAUAUAAUAAACGAAUCGAUGAACCAGCUGCCUCAAGCUGUAGUGCAAGAUCCAACACAGAGACAAGAGUUAUUGGACGGAUUUUUUGGUAAUUUGGAUAAGGUUUCCAGAACAGUAGUACUAGUGGAUAAUUUGUGCCACGACCUAACGAAGAGAAAAGUGUAA